UUUUCAGGCCACACUCAGACGACUGUCAGAACCUGUAAUAACUGCAGAAUUAAGAUAUACUCUCAAUGCUUCUGCACUUCCGCCUAUACUACGCAGUGUGAAGCCGACAGCUCAUGUGGGAGCGUCAGAUAUUCAAUUGGAUCCGAAAGUAUUUUUACCACAACUGGAUGUGUAACAACAUCAGACUGCAACAGGACCGCCCAACUAACAGGAGUCAUGAAAUUGUUCACCUACAAUGCUACAUGCUGCAACUCAGACAACUGUAAUGGGGGCUUUGCGGUUCAAGCGCCUCACAUCACCAUCCUGACAUUACUUGCCAUCUUUGUUGUCUAUGUUAUAUUAUUAGGACCACAAUAA